AUGUCUGACUACAUCAUACGUCUGUACAAGGACUGUGACUACGAUAGAGUGAGGGAGCUGUUCGCUGAGGGAACGUUGGAACAUACUCGAGUGGCCUUCAAACAUGGACUUUCUCUGACCAAUAUCCGGAUAUUUUUACUUGCCGUAUUCCUUGUGCCCUUCUUCAUCACUGGAUCGCUCACCUUGUCUCUUGUAGUUCUUCUUCUGGUCUUCAUUGCCAUGUGGUUUGGCACUAGAGACCUCUACGAUUCCUAUGUUCGACAUUCCCUCUCCAGUGACAUGAUGGACAUUCAGAAAUACUACCUGCAAAGAGAUGGUUACUGCUUUUGGGUAGCCGAGUCCUUAGGAGAAGUUGUUGGGAUGGUGGUGGCCAUACCAUCAGCUCACGCAGGAGGGGAGAACCAUAUUGAACUGAGGAGGAUGUCUGUUGCUCAGAGCCAUCGAGGCAAAGGAAUUGCCAAAGCGCUAUGUAGAACAGUCAUUGAUUUUGCUCGGAAUCGUGGUUGCAGCGCAGUGGUCUUGGAGACAACAUUGGGCCAUCAGGCCGCUCAUGGGUUAUAUAAGAGCAUGGGUUUCAAAUGGCAGCAUGAAACUUUUCUGAAACACCCACUGGCAAAAUUUGUAGAUUUUAAAUUCUUAUUCUAUAAAUAUGACAUACAAAUGUGA